CGUUUCGCUGACAUCACGGCGGUGCUGGAGCGGCCGGGGGCCAGCAGCCCUGGGGGCCAGCAGCCCCGCCGCCACCGCGCACCCGCGGCCCCGGCACCGGCGCCUCCGGAGAGAUGGGAAGCCCAGAGUAGGUCUGCUUCUCACCCUGGAUAGGCCAGGAUGGCUCCUCAGAUCUAGAAAGGGAGAUCAGAGCAGUGCCAGAAAUCCCCAUCCAAGUGGCAGUGGGAUUGGGAUAGAGGAGUUGCCGUGAGGAUGUCUGAAGCCAAGCCCCUCAGCAUCUCUUGCCUCGUGCUUUCCUUGCUUUCCUUGCACUGGGCUUUGCUCCAGCUGGGCCAGGCUUUUCCCAGCACCUCUGAGUACCUGCAGCGGGGCUGGCAGCGGCUGCUGGAGGAGGGGGAGGGCUGCACCGAGUGCCAGCCGGAGGAGUGCCCGGCGCCGCGCGGGUGCCUGGCUGGCACGGUGCGGGAUGCCUGCGACUGCUGCUGGGAAUGUGCCAACCUGGAGGGACAGAUCUGUGACCUGGACAACACCAACCACUUCUACGGCAAGUGUGGGGAGCACCUGGAGUGCCGCCUGGACGCCGGGGACCUGCGGCACGGGGAGGUGCCCGAGCCCCAGUGCGCCUGCCUCUCCCAGCUGGCCCUCUGCGGCUCUGACAGCAAAACCUACGCCCAGAUCUGCAGGUUCCUGGAGGCUGCCCGUGCCCACCCCGAUGCCAACCUCACUGUGGCCCAUGAAGGUCCCUGCGAGUCAGAGCCUCAGAUCACCUCUCCUCCCUAUGACACAUGGAACGUCACUGGGCAGGAUGUCAUCUUCGGCUGCGAGGUCUUUGCCUACCCCAUGGCAUCCAUUGAGUGGAGAAAGGAUGGCACAGAGAUGCUGCUGCCUGGAGAUGACCCCCACAUCUCUGUCCAGUUCAGAGGUGGCCCCCAGAAGUACGAAGUGACAGGCUGGCUGCAGAUCCAGGGCGUGCGGGUGACGGAUGAGGGCACGUACCGCUGCUUCGCCAGGAACAGGGUCGGGGAGGUGGUGGCACUGGCCAGCCUGACUGUCUUCACUCCAGACCAGCUCAACCUGACAGACUUCUCCCUGCCGAAGCCCCACAUGACACCUGAGGACUACGGGGAGAGUGAGGAGGACUACUACUAGCCCCGAGAUGACAUGUCCAGCUGCAGAGAUCACCUUGCCCACAGCAACCCUUCCCUGGGCUUGGGGACAUCUCUGGAGCAAGCACCCUCAGCCCAAACCUCCUUCUCUGAACAAUGCUGGCACAGCAGCCUGUUUUUUGGGGUGGGGGACGGGGUGACACAUCCUUUCGGGGUGCUGGGGGAUGGGAUGCUGGCUGCUUGGUGCAAAGGGGACCAGGGGCAGCUCUGCCUGGAGCAGGUGGAUCUGUCCUCUGGCGCUGAGUGGAGACAAUGCAGGUAGGACGGUGUGGGGACAGCUGUGCUGGGCGUGGAGACAGCAUCCUUUGGGAGAGUGAGGCCAGGGUAGGGGCAUUAUGUCCUGUAUGAAUAGUUUUUGGGGAAGCUGGAGCAGAGAGCUGGGACCUGACUGUGAUAACCAGUGUGUCACCCCCUGUCUGCUCUGUAUCCCCCCCAGAGACAUCCCAGCUUCUCCCCAGAACUUGAGGAAUCUGCUGCCAAAACACCCUUCUCUUCUGUUCUGUUUUUAACCAGAAAAGUAGUGAUUUGAGGAAACCAGGCACUUGUGGCUUUCAGUGCUGUCUUUUCUCCAGCUGAACCACCCUUGUGGUCAGAAACACUUGGCCUUUUUUUGACUGACUUCAUGUUUUCCCUUCCAUGCCUUUGACUGACUUCAUGCUUUCCUUUGUCAUUUUGAUGUUAUUUAAGAUACACAUGUAGGUCAAAGCCAGGGCCAGCUGACUGUCCUGCAUCCACAAGGAUGACUAUGGGGGUGAGGAAGGGUGCAAACACUGUGGGUGCUACCUUGUCCAUUGUGGGGUGCUUGAGUUGAGAAGCCCUCCUGCCCAUCCCAGUGCUCACAGCUGGUCCUGGUGUGGGUCCUGCCCUUCCCACCCCAGCUGGGAUUGGGGGUGCCCAGCAGACAAUCUCCUGUGCAGUGGUGAUGCAUUGACUCAAAUCACUGUACUCCCAUGUGUUUGGAUCCCAUCCCACUGCUUUCCAUGUUCAUCUUGGGGUCCUAAGUUCUAUGACCCUGGGGUCUCCACUCAGGUGACCACAGCCCUGUCAAGUGUGGAGCAGCUCUGUGCCUGGUUGGUGAAGUAAAGGGAUGGUCCAGUUUCCACUGGAAAUGUUAUAUUAAAAAAAAACAACAACCCCACCUACCUCCCAGAGCUGGUGAUUUAGGGCAAACUUUUAUUUGGAGGGAGCACAGGAAGGAAGCUCAGAGCUGCACUGUGCUGCUCAGUGCCCAGAGAGGGCUGUCAGGACCCUUCCUCUGGGCACUCUGGGGCUGAUCUCACAUUCAAGGGGUGCUUUACCCCCCAAAGCAGAAGCAUUUACUGGACUUCUGGUGCUCAAAACCUCCAUAUGGACCAAAGCACUGCCAGUGACUCAGUCCCAGCUCCAGGGAGGUCCAGAGCUGCAGCAGGGAGCCAGACCCCGUGAGGAAGGAAUUGGCCAGACCCCAGGCAGGAGCAGGCAGGAUGCAAUAAGGCUGGUGGCUCGGGUCCCAUGCUACUCUCCUUCACAUGUUUUUCUUUUCUUUUCUUUUCUUUUCUUCCUUUUUCUCUUGAGAGCUGGCUCAGAUGACACAGUUACAGCACUGAAACCUGAACAAGCAAAUAAAAGGGAUUUGUCUGGAAUUGGCAGCAGAGCAAAAUUCCUGCAGACGCUGAGGCUGGGCCAGUCCUGGCCCCCUGCACCACAGCUUGAUGGGGCACAGCUGCCCUGCCUGCUGGAGUGCCUACCCCUUCUGGCAGAAAACCCCUUCUCAGCCUGAGAAAUGCAAAAGACACUGAUGCCUCAGGUUCUCCUUCCAUCCAACAGUGUAACAGAAUCCUCCUGGGCUGAUCAGCUGGAGAGUAUUUAGGAGGGACCAGGGACAGAAGUGUGCCACUGGCUCUUAUUUUGCUUUUUUUUGGGUGUAAAACAUGCUUUCAGAGAAGCUGGGCCUUUUUUAACCAUCCUGAUCCUUUUCCUGUUUUGCACACAAAUGAGCUGGUGGAACUGGGCCACACUCAGGCUGAGGCUGCCACGGGGAAAUCCGAGAGUGUCCCGGAGUUUCAGCAGUCAAGAGCUGCUUGCUGGGCUCCCUGCCGGUGCCUGGGGCUGGCCCCUGGCCAGGGCUGCCAUGCCAACCCUCCUCAGGGCCAGGCUUGCCCUGCCUGUGCUGGCACAAAUCCAGGUCGUGCUGGGUGUGGAUGCAGCUUUGGUCUGGCUGGAGAGUGUUGGAUGGGUCACACACUCCAUCCCUGGCUCUCCAUGUGCUCUGCAGGACAAUGCCCUGCCUGGACAAUCAGUCCUUGCUCCCCUCUGCAUCACACCCAGUGCUUUCAUACCCUGUAGGGAGCUGGCAGGGUUUGCUGGUUGUUCCUGCCUGGCAGGAAGAGCAGUGGGGAUGUAGUGACCAAGAGAGGGGGGAACUUGAGCAAAAGCUCUUGGCCAAAAUUAACCAAACCAAGGGCUGUGCCUCCCAGACUCCUCGGAUCCCACAGUGGGAGAGGGCUGCCUGACUGGCAGGCUGGAGCUCAGGUGAAGGUGAAGGGCAGCAGAGUGGCUCCAGGGGCACAGAGAGAGCUGAUGUCUCCUCAUCCCAGCUCCCAGUCUUGCCAUUUCCAGUCACUUAAAAAUUAAAGAAGCCAAUAUUACUGCACGGCUGGAAUCGGUCACUGCCACAGAUUAAUUGAGGUUAUUUGUUGGCUCUAAAAACGUUUGGUCACCUCUGCUGCUGGCUGCUCAGAUGUUUCCUGCAGCCCCUGCCCCAAGGAGGCCAGCACUACAGAUCCUGUUUUCAGCUCCAGGCACCCAGAGGGUCGCAGGGACUUGCCCAAAGCUGGUGUCUGUGUGGGUUCAGAGGAUGUGCAUGCAGCACCAAAUGCCUUUGCUGGCUGAUUUUCAGCACAGUAGGUUUCUGGGGGCAGAGGGGGCUGAGCAGCUCCUGCCAGCCCAGCUGACUGCACUCAGAGCACAGGAUCAGCUGAGCCCAGAGGUCAGGCUGAUGUCAGGGAUGAGGGGAGCGGGACUGGGAAGUGUUGACGUGGCCACUGGCCCAGGCACAGCACCGACCCCUCCUGGCCACCUGGGAUGAGCAGGGUGUGGAAACCUCCCAGGGCACCAGAGGUCACUGUGAGCCUGGGUACAAGGAAAGAGUGGCUUGUCCUGCCAGGACCUGGAAGACCCUGGAGAUGCACACUCUGACCAGCUGCCGACCACAGGGUUUUGUGAUCUGCAGGGAAAACCCACCAAGUCCAGCAAGUAAAUACACUCCAGUAACAAAAACAUGCUGUCCCUGUCCUUCCCCGCCCUUGGGGAUGCUGGAACUUGCCCUGGUCUGGGCCUGGGCAGGAGGCACGUGGAAUCAUAGAAUAAUUUGGAACGGACCUUAGAGAUCAUUUAGUUCCACCUUCUGCUAGUCCAGGUUGCUCAAGGCCCCACCCAGUCUGGUCUUGAACAUUUCUGGAGCUGGAGAGUCCACAACUUCUCUGGGAAGCCUAUGCUGGUUUCUCACCACCCACACAUAAAUAAUUUCUUUCUUAUAUCUGAUCUAAAAUUAUUCUCUUUCAGUUCAAACCCUUUUUCUAUCACUACAUGCCUUGUUGAAAAUCAUUCUCCAGCUCUCCUCUAGAUGCUUUAGAUUCUGGAAGGUGCUUUAAGGAGUUCCUGGAGCCUUCUCUUCUUCAGCCUACUCUUCUUCAGGCCCAACUCUCUCAGCCUGUCUCCAGCCCUGUGAGCACCUUCAUGGACCUGCUCCAGCAAGUCCACAUUCUUCUUAUGCUGGGAGCCGCAGAGCAGGGCCCAGCACUCAGGUGGGUCUCACAAAAGCAGAGUGGAGGGACA